UUAGUGCUGAACGCACGGAAGCCUCGACUUAGUACGGCUAUCACCACUUUACGACCUUAAAAGUUAUAUCUUCUUUUCCGGGUUAGACGCCUUGGUGAGCGUCGAAGCUUCUCGGCCCAGUUAGCUUAGCUAACUAGCCGCUAACAAAGAGUUGCGUCUGGUGUUAGAGUGGAAAAGUAUUGAAAAUGUGCGCGAGGCCGACAGCGGAAUCUGUGGAGGAACUACUCUGUGGAAGCAAAGAGAAGAAGCGUCAGAGCUGUCAAGAGCUGGACGUGGUUUGCAAGCAGCCGCGAGAAAUAACAGACAUCGGUGAAAAAUAUGUUCACCCUGAGUUACAUGAGUCAGAGCUCCUCAACGUUAAAAAGGAAGAAGAAGAGUACCCCAUCGUAAAAGAGGAAGACAAAGCAGAGCCCCUGUACACAGAAGAGGAAGAGCCAGAGCUUCCCAACUUCAAAGAGGAGUAUAAUGCCACUUUUUGCCCUUUUAAGAGUGAAGAUGAGGAUGAGGGUCCAAGUGAGCAGAACACAGGCGCAGAAUCUCCAAGCAGCCACUCAAGUCAUCACAUUUCUACAAAAAGUGACGGCGAGCACUGUGGACCUGAAUCUCAAGCCAACAGCAUUAUGGCUCCACUAUCAGACAGUGAAGACCUCAGAUUAGAUUUUCCUGAUGGUGAUGAUGAUGAAAAGUCUAAAGGUGACAUGACAUGUCACAAAGAUGACAAAUGCUGGAAAUGUUCUCAGUGCGGGAAAACAUUUAGUUUAAAAGGGAAUUUGAACGUUCACAUGAGAAUACACACUGGAGAAAAACCUUUUGCCUGCUUAAUUUGUGGUAAAAGAUUCUCCGUAAAACUAAGUUUGACAAUACAUACAAGAACGCACACUGGAGAAAAACCAUUUUCCUGCUCAGUUUGUGGCAAAAGAUUCUAUGAUGCGGGAACUUUAAGAAUACACACAAGAACACACACUGGAGAAAAACCUUUUGCAUGUACAGUUUGCGGAAAAAGCUUCUCUGAAAAGUCAAGUCUAACAACUCAUACAAGAACGCACACUGGAGAGAAACCUUUUGUCUGCUCAGUUUGUGGUAAUAGCUUCUCUGAUCGGUCAACUUUAAUAAUGCACACGAGAACGCACACUGGAGAGAAACCCUUUGCCUGCUCAAUAUGUGGUAAAAACUUCUCUAUGAAAUGUAGUUUAAAAGAACACACAAGAACACACACUGGGGAAAAACCUUUCGCCUGCGCAAUUUGUGGCCAAAGAUUCUCUGUAAAGUCAGGUUUGACGAAACACACCAGAAGACAUACUGGUGAAAAACCUUUUGCUUGCUCAGUUUGCGGUCAAAUGUUUUCUGUCAAGUCGGGCUUAACAAAACAUACAAGAACACACACUGGAGAGAAACCUUUUGCCUGUUUAGUUUGUGGCCAAAGAUUUUCUUUAAAAGGAACUUUAACUACACAUGCAAGAAGACACACUGGAGAGAAACCUUUUGUCUGUUCAUUUUGCGGUAAUAGCUUUGCAGAUAGGUCAAGUUUAACUUUGCAUACAAGAACACACACUGGAGAGAAACCUUUUGCCUGUUUAGUUUGCGGUCAAAAAUUCUCUCAAAAGGGAACUUUAACAGCGCAUUCAAAAACGCACACUGGUGAGAAACCUUUUUUCUGCUCCGUUUGUGGUCAAAGUUUCACUAGGAAGGGAAAUUUAACAGCACACACACGGACACACACUGGAGAGAAACGUUUUGCUUGUUCAGUUUGCGGUCAAACUUUCGCUGUCAAGUCAAGUUUAACAUUGCACACAAGAACACACACUGGAGAGAAACCUUUUGCCUGCUUAAUUUGUGAUAAAAGAUUUUCUGUCAAAUCAAAUUUAAACAUGCACACAAAGACACACACUGAAAAGAAAACAUUCAGUUGAAGUGUGCACCUGUUAAAGAUGUUGUAGUCUUUUUUUGUUUGUGCUGUUGAGAAUAGAAGUGACAAUUUAAAUGAAUAGGAUGAAUGACCUCCAUGUGAAAGAUGAUAUCUCUGAGACUACAAAUGAAGAUCAAAAAUUUCUUAGAACUUACAAUUGAGAAAAUAUUGUUUAAACACAAAAAAUGACAGCUAAGCCAUUUUGUGAGGACUUUCAUACUCCUUUUUUCUGGACUUAACUUGUGGACUGCCAGUCAGGAUCUGUCAAAAUGCCGGAGUAGGCUACGUGCUUAUCAGUUUUUGGCUGCAAGGCACAUUAAAAUGGUACUAAGUGAGUAAGUAAGCUAUCUCAGAUACUUCGAGUAAUAACUGUCAAAUAUUUGGCUAUCUGAAAUGCUCCCAUUUGACUAAAACAAUUGCGGCAUUUAAUAAUUUACAUUGACAGCAAUUUGAUCUACUUACUGGAAAUGUUGGCUUUAAUUGACGUUUGUCUCAACUAUUACACAUCAUACAACUGAAAUUCUGUAUUUUUUUCAAAUUGUUAAAGGGCUACAUGGGAUUUAUUUGAGUUAAUUUAAAAUACUUUUCUACUCCAUGCAUGCUCCACCAGUGCCCUGAUGAGUACACAGAGCCCUGACAUUUUAACUGAGACUGCCCCCAAAAGCCCUUUUUCUUUCCUUCAAUAAGAGAAAUUUGGUGUCAAACACUCUGGGCGAGCACACACCUGUACACGUGUGAGACUCCACGGCAGCAGCCGUGUUUCACCGAGCCUCUGCCUAGUCUCCUCUUGGCAAAAACACUUUUCAAACCCACAUAAGACUUGUAACUAAGUGUUUGUACGUUUCUGGUGGUGAUGUAAUGGGCCAAACACUUUUUGCUUCAUGUUUGUGCUCAUACAAGCAUGUGCGCCAUGCACGAGCUGCAGUUCCACUGCAGGCCGGGCAAUCGCAACUAAAUAAGUGACAAACACCGUAUAGUCCCUUUAGUAUUCUUUCCACUGGCAUGCACUUGAUCAAAGUGUUGUCUUCCGCUUUAAGCUAAAAAUGUAAAAUUGUAAAGAAAUAUAAAUAAUGGAAAACAACCGUGAACUCUAGGACGAUUUGAACAUUUCAUGAAAGGAGCCGUUGUUUUGUGUUAUCUUUCCUUAGGCUGUAGUGAUUUUUUAAAAAAACAACAACAAAAAACACCUUGACGGGAUGGAUACUUUUGGAACUACUUUUCUCAACAUAUAGCAAAGAAAUGUCUCAUUUGGCAAUGCAUUGACAGCAUCCACAAAGAUCAUUUCAUUCCUCAAUCUAUUUUGAUUUCAAUUACCUACCACAUGUAUCAAGGUAAAGACGCUAUCUUUGCUCCGGUCAAUGGACCCACAUGGUAAGGAUGUAACACGAGCAUGCCAACUUUGUUCAUAUUCCAAAUGUCAUUAGUAAUAUAGGAGAACUCAAAGUGCAUCACUCGUCGAGGAGAAAUUGGUCAACUUUGCCGUCUGUCAAUUCUUUUUUUGUUUUGUUUUCAGUUGUCUCCGUUGAUCGAAAGUAUCUCCAAUGCAUAUCCUUAUCGUAAUUUCUGAUUUUCUUAUGACUAAGGUUGCAACAGCUAGAGUGGGGCAAAUAAGUAUU